CCGGAAGCAGGAAGAGUAUGAAUGAAAACCGUUGAUGCUUGAUUUAACCUGAAGCAACUGUUACAUGUCCACGAAGCAGAUACCCCACAUUUGUUACCAUAAAAUGCGAUGGUUCAGCUUCUCCAUCCUCCGCCACAUCUCCUCCCUCCCCUCCUCAGUAACCAGGACAUGCUGCUUCCACCAAAGGGUCUUCACGGGUCCCCACACCUGUUCCCAGCUCACCCUCUCAGGCCACAGCUGCCAUCACAGGAGGGGAGUAAGCACAGCCCUCAGGCAGCACAUCCAGGACCUGAGUGGGCCUGAGCAGAGACUGUUGGACAAACUGUAUGAAGGGCUGAUCGGAGGACAACGGGCAUCUCUGGCUGAGUCCAUCACUUUGGUGGAGACCCAGCAUCCCAGGAAGAAAGAGCUGGCCCAGGUGCUGCUGCAGAGGGUGCUGGCCUAUAGGAGGGAGCAAGAGAGUCGUAAUGAGGGGAAGCCGGUGGCCUUCAGAGUAGGUCUGUCGGGUCCUCCAGGAGCAGGGAAGUCUUCCUUCAUUGAAGUGGUGGGGAAGAUGUUGACAGGACGUGGACAUAAAGUUUCAGUUCUCGCUGUUGACCCGUCAUCAUGCACGACAGGAGGGUCUCUGAUGGGUGAUAAGACUCGUAUGACUGAACUCUCCAGGGACAUGAAUGCUUUCAUCAGACCAUCUCCGGCCUCAGGAACACUUGGUGGAGUCACCAGAACAACUAAUGAGGCCAUUGUUCUCUGUGAGGGCGCGGGAUAUGACAUUGUCCUUGUAGAGACCGUAGGCGUGGGCCAGUCAGAGUUUGCAGUGGCUGACAUGGUUGACAUGUUUGUGCUGCUGAUUCCACCAGCAGGGGGCGAUGAACUCCAGGGUAUCAAGAGGGGCAUCAUUGAGAGGGCCGACUUGGUGGUGGUGACGAAGUCGGAUGGAGACCUGGUGGUGCCAGCCAGGAGGAUACAGACUGAAUACACCAGCGCACUCAAGCUGCUCAGGAGACAGUCCAAGUCCUGGAACCCUAAGGUGGUGCGUGCCUCCUCACACACCAGUGAGGGCAUCCCAGAGGUCUGGGCCAAAAUGGAGUCAUAUCGGGACGCCAUGUUAGCCAGCGGUGAACUGCAGGGCCGGCGGAGGGCCCAGCAGAAGGUUUGGAUGUGGAGUUUGAUCCAGGAGAACGUCCUCUGCCAUUUCCAGAAUCACCCCAGUGUCAGAGAGACUCUCCCUCACCUUGAGGAGAGGGUCACCACAGGAGCCAUCUCCCCAGGCCUGGCCGCUGACCUGCUCCUCAAAGCCUUCUCAUCAUCAUCAUCAUCAUCAUUGUAAUCAGUGGGACUGCACUUUUUGAGAAGGACGGCUGAUCAGGCCACUUAAUGCCUAGAAAAGCCAGGACAGAGUGAGAAUAUGUGACCUUGACUCUGUGGUUUGAGCAAAAAGAAGCAGUCUUGCUCUUUUAAGACUUAAUUUGAAAUUUAAAAUACCUGAAGAAAGAAGUCACUCCUCCACUGAAACUUUCUGCAUGCUUUAAUCCAAGACAGGAGUGGGAAAAGAGUGCUGACAGCUAACACUUCUCACCGUCAGCAUCAAGACACUUCCACAUUUGGACAGUGGACGGCAAAAUGAAACAUUUAAGCUGCCGUGAGAUGUUGUGGCAACAGUCUGGUUUUCUAAAUCAGAUACUGGAGUUGUCUUCUUGGACAAAAACACUACAGAGGUCUGCAAAGGCCAUGCUGUUACACUUGAAGUUUGCACAAUACCCAUCACUUUUACCAACGGUUAUUAAAUGGUGAAACAGUGACUUGUUCUUGCCAUAAAUAUUGAUGUGACAAGUACUGUAGUGGGAGUACAAUCUGCAGUAAGCUUUUUUUUUUUGCCCACCCUGAUCAUACAAUGGUCAAUAAUACACGCUAUUUAAAACCCAGAAAGGAAAGUUUUAAUGAAAGAAUCAAGCUCAGAGAAAUGGGAUUUGUUAUGGUCAGGUGUUUCUUUUGUAGAACUGCCACGGACACAAAUGUCCCUUUGAAACCACUGGACUUAAAAGAUGUUUUUAUUCACUAUUUGUGUUCCUGAGUUGAAUAUUGUAUUAAAAGAAUGAUGUGAAUCUUACUUGGAUAAGUGAAUAAUAUUAAAUCUGUCAGUACAGUUUG